AUGUCUUCCGCAACUGCAUACUCGACUGUCAGCUGCAUGGCUGACUAUGCUGCCUCUAAAUCGGCUGCGCUAGCGCUUCACGAAGGCCUUCAAACCGAGCUGAAACAUAUAUACAAGGCCCCUAAAGUACGGUGUACGGUAGUGUGUCCAUCACUGGUUGGUACCAAGAUGUUCACGGGCUUGAGCUCGCCCUCGAACUUUUUGAUGCCAGUUCUGACUCCUCAGGAGGUCGCCGGUGUCAUUUCCUCAGCAUUGUGGUCUGGAGAGGCUAGACAUAUUGAUCUCCCUUGGCUGAGCAAGGUUUUCAUGACACCCUUGAAGGGAGCCCCAGUAUUUUUGAGAAUGCUUAUGCAGGACGGCGCAGGAGACAGCAUGCAUUCGUUCGAUGGACAUAAAGUAAUAAAUUAGCGUAUCUAGCAU